UAAAUAUUGCUUGGAUGGGAUGCGUUUGUAUUUUCAAGGAAAAGAAAAGCGUUGUCCCACAGUCCGCAGGCCAUUUGCUUAUUAGCUUCUAGCCACCUUGACUUCUGCUGAAAUGAAGACUCUGCAGCCAACCCUUCUUCUGUUGCUGGUUGUGCCUCUGACAAAGCCUGCACCACCAACUCAGCAGGACUCACACAUCAGCUACGAUUAUGGAACAGAUAAUUUGGAAGAAACAUUAUUUAGCCAAGAUUUUGAGGAUAAAUACCUGCAAGGAAAAAAUAUCAAGGAAAAAGAAACUAUGAUAAUACCUGAUGAGAAAAGUGUCCAGUUACAAAAAGAUGAGAGUGUAACACCAUUACCCCCCAAGAAAGAGAAUGAUGAAAUGCCCACCUGCCUGUUGUGUGUGUGUUUAAGUGGUUCUGUCUACUGCGAGGAAGUUGAUAUCAAUGUGGUACCACCCUUGCCAAAGGAAUCAGCCUAUCUUUAUGCACGAUUCAACAAAAUUAAAAAGUUGACUGCAAAAGAUUUUGCAGACAUACCUAACUUAAGAAGACUUGAUUUUACGGGAAAUUUGAUUGAAGAUAUAGAAGAUGGUACUUUUUCAAAACUUACCCUGUUAGAAGAACUUACACUAGCUGAAAAUCAACUAUUGAAACUUCCAGCUCUUCCUCCCAAGCUUACUCUAUUUAAUGCAAAAUACAACAAAAUCAAGAGUAGAGGGAUCAAAGCAAAUGCAUUCAAAAAAUUGAAUAACCUCUCCUUCCUCUACUUGGACCACAAUGCCCUGGAAUCUGUGCCUCUUAAUUUACCAGAAAGUUUACGUGUAAUUCAUCUUCAGUUUAACAACAUAACUUCAAUUACAGAUGACACAUUCUGCAAGGCUAAUGACACUCGUUAUAUUCGGAACCGCAUUGAAGAGAUCCGCUUGGAGGGCAACCCCAUUGUCCUGGGAAAGCACCCCAACAGUUUUAUCUGCCUAAAAAGAUUGCCUGUAGGGUCAUACUUUUAACUACUAUCAAUGCAUCAUGUAAACUAAAAUAUAUACACACCUAUAAUCUGUCUCAACAAAGCAUAAAUAUUCCUUUAAUAUUAACUGCAUCCCACUAUGAAUUAAUUUUAAGUUUUAAGCAAGGAUAUUAAGAAAUCUUACAUAUACCAAUGAGUAAAAAAGUAAGAUUGGCUCUGUAAGCUCGAAACAAAGUAAUGUGAAAAGAUUUAAAUAUCAUUACAAAAUCCUUGUAGUUUAUAUUACAGUGCCAUUUAAAAGGUAUGUUUUUCUAUAAAUACCCAAGUUUAAGAAGCAUUACUUCCAUUACUAAUGAAGAGAGAGGAUAAAUCCAAGAAACUUUCAACUGUUUGCUUUCCUGGCCUUUGUAGGAUCCCUCAAGCAUUAAAAGAAGACAUUCCAAAAAUUCUGAAAAGCUAAAUAUUUCCAGUGAUCUCUCAUUUUUCUUUUAUGAUUCACACAUUAUUCAUCAUGAAGCAGGAACUUUGUUUUCUUUCUACGAAGGCAGCUAUUAUAUUUUUACUUAGUCUGAGAAUUAGGGUUUGGUCUCAUACCUAGGCAAAACUUCUCCUCUUGAUUUUACUCUCUAAUCAAGAGCUAAAUACAGUAAUACUCAAAGUUAUUCUGCUUUGUAGUCACACAGUCAAUGGCUUCAAUAAAAUAGCACAAAAUUUUCUUUUAUCUAAACAUUAACAUUCUAAGUCUACUGUAAACCAUUUUAAGAAGUCAAGCAGACCAAAAUCAGUAUAAAAAAUGCUGAGAAUCUAUCCCAUUUCUCAGAAAAUAGCCAUAAAGUUUUCCAUUGUAAAAUCUUUCAAAUAUGAUGUAUACAGCAAAAUGUUUUAUUUUCACACUAGAGGAAUGAGAAUUUCAUCAAUAAGUUUGUCUGAAUGGAAGACAUGAAAAUAAAUUGAAUUCUGUGGUGUUACUGUAGACUACCUAACCACCCACCCACAUGUAUCCAUGUUCAUGCAAACAGACUAUAUAUUCACAGGAAAGCUUCUGAGCAACAUUUUCUAAAGACCCAUGAUUAACUGGUACGUUUAAUGGUGAGAAGUCAUCUUCAGUCUAUUAGUGAUGAUUUAUGAUGACACAAUGCUGCCAGAUUAAAGUUCUUAAAAUAAUUUUCCUCUUGCCCAAACCCCACGGGAAAGUCUUAGUCUCCACAUUGGUUUGGGGUUACAUAGAAAUUAUCAGUGCUUUAGAAACAAGAGUCGGAACUGUGUGUAUAAAAAUUAUCAGCAUUGUUUUCACACAGAUUAUGCAUUAGAAUCAAGUUGGUAUCUGUAUACUAUUCCCAGAACAAAUACUUAUUCCUAUUUUUAAGCAUUUGUUUCCACUUUUUCCCUGCCUAGAAUGACCUCCUGUUUUUUAAUUUUCCUCCCAUUUGUCAAGGCUGACCCCAAGACGAAGCUUUUUCAUUAAAACAUCUGUGAUCUCUUAAACCCACAAUUCCCCUAUAACACUUAUUAACUCAUUUAUUUUAUUUUGAUAAACUCUAAUCAUUAUUAUACUGCUUUUUCAUUA